AUGCGUGUCGCCUGGGGCGCAUCUGUUGCAGCCCUGGCAGCAUCGGCAAGCGCUGCCUCGCUUGCUGAUGUCUGUACCGUCUCUAAUGUGCAGUCUGCCCUGCCUUCCAAUGGCACUCUGCUAGGUAUUAGCAUGAUCCCAUCCGCUGUGACUGCCAGUGCCGUCUACAAUGCUAGCGCUGGCAUGGGGAGCACCGAGACAUACUCCUACUGCAAUGUGACCGUAACAUACGAGCACACUGGAAAGGGAGACUCCAUCGUCGUCAAGUAUGCCUUCCCGAAGCCCUCCGACUUCAAGAAGCGUUUCUAUGUCGCCGGCGGUGGUGGCUUCUCUCUAUCUAGCGAUGCAACCGGCGGUCUCGAGUACGGUGCUGUCAGUGGUGCCACCAGCGCAGGUUAUGAUGCCUUCAAUUACAGCUACGACGACGUGGUCCUAUACGGCAACGGAACCAUCAACUGGGAUGCAACCUACAUGUUCGGAUACCAAGCUCUAGGCGAAAUGACCAAGAUCGGAAAGGCUCUCACCAAGGGAUUCUAUGGCAUGUCUGCUUCUGCCAAGGUCUACACCUACUAUGAAGGCUGUUCUGACGGCGGCCGUGAGGGUAUGAGCCAGAUCCAGCGUUACGGAGAGGAGUACGACGGUGCGAUCACCGGAGCUCCGGCCUUCCGUUUCGGUCAACAGCAAGUCCACCACGUCUUCCCAGCUACAGUCGAGCAAACCCUCGAUUACUACCCGCCUCCUUGCGAAUUGGCAAAGAUAGUCAAUGCCACAAUCGCUGCCUGCGAUCCCCUCGACGGCCGAGCCGACGGCGUCGUCUCCCGCACCGACCUCUGCAAGCUCAACUUCAACCUGAGCUCCAUCAUCGGCGAGGAAUACUACUGCGCAGCAGAAACCAGCACUUCCCUAGGUUUCGGCUUCAGCAAACGCGCUGACGGCACAAGCACCUCCUACCAACCCGAACAGAGCGGCAAAGUCACCGCCCAAGGCGUGAGAGUCGCUCAAACAAUCUACGACGGUCUCCACAACUCAAAGGGCGAGCGCGCCUAUCUAUCCUGGCAGAUCGGCUCUGAGCUCAGCGACGGAGAUACGCAGUGGAACAACGCGACCAGCAAAUGGGAAAUCAGCAUCCCUUCGACUGGCGGCGAAUAUGUGACCAAAUUCAUUCAGCUCCUCAAUCUCUCCAACCUCUCCAAUCUCGAAAACGUUACCUACGACACCCUCGUCGAGUGGAUGAACAUCGGAAUGAUUCGCUACAUGGAUAGUCUACAGACUACCCUGCCGGAUCUGACACCUUUCCAAUCCUCCGGCGGAAAACUGCUACACUACCACGGUGAAUCGGACCCCAGUAUCCCUGCUGCAUCUUCCGUGCAUUACUGGCAAUCCGUCCGCUCGGUCAUGUAUCCGCAUUUGUCUGCGCGCGAUAGUCUCAAGGAACUCGCCGAUUGGUACCAGUUCUACCUUAUCCCCGGUGCUGCGCACUGCGGCACUAAUACCCUCCAGCCCGGCCCGUUCCCGGAGAAUAAUAUGCAGACUAUGAUUGAGUGGGUUGAGAACGGGGUUCAGCCUUCCCGGUUGAAUGCGACUGUCUCGUCUGGAAAUUAUGAGGGUGAAACGCAGAUGCUUUGCCAGUGGCCUACUCGUCCGCUUUGGAAGAGUAACAGCUCGUUUGAGUGUGUUGAUGAUAAGACCUCGAUUGAUAGCUGGACUUACUCUUUCCCUGCUUUCAAGCUGCCUGUGUACUAG